UGAGUGCUUCCUUUGCCCAUUUCCAAGAUGGCGCCUACGACCGUGUUGGGAAUACAGGGUGAAGCUGUAGUUCUGCCAUUACUCAAGAUGGCUGCCCCAUCAAGAUGACCGGGGUGUGCUUAGGGGAAAGGGGCAACAGGAUGGUCUGAGAUGGUCUAGUGUUGAACCAUAUGGAAGUUUCUGAAACCGGGGAGCCUGAUGAUGGGGCGUGGAGCCCGUGGGGGAUAGAGGGAGCAAUAAAUUGUGUCCCCAGGCUAAACCCGACCCCUCCCUGUCCUCUGGACUAAAAUGGGGAACACCCUGGGCCUGGCACCAAUGGGGACUUUCCCCCGCCGGAGCCCCCGUCGAGAGGAACCGCUGCCCAAUCCCGGGAGCUUCGAUGAGCUGCACCGGUUGUGUAAAGAUGUAUUCCCUGCGCAGAUGGAGGGUGUGAAGCUGGUUGUCAACAAGGUCCUGAGCAGCCAUUUCCAGGUGGCUCAUACUGUGCAUAUGAGUGCCCUGGGCUUGCCAGGCUAUCACCUCCAUGCCGCCUAUGCAGGGGACUGGCAGCUCAGCCCCACAGAGGUGUUCCCCACUGUGGUGGGGGAUAUGGACAGCAGUGGCAGUCUCAACGCCCAGGUCUUGCUUCUGUUGGCAGAGAGGCUGCGAGCUAAGGCUGUCUUCCAGACACAGCAGGCCAAGUUCCUGACGUGGCAGUUUGAUGGCGAGUAUCGGGGAGAUGACUACACAGCCACUCUGACCCUGGGAAAUCCAGACCUGAUUGGGGAAUCAGUGAUCAUGGUUGCUCACUUCCUGCAGAGCGUCACUCAUCGGCUGGUGCUAGGAGGCGAGCUAGUUUAUCACCGGCGACCAGGGGAAGAGGGGGCCAUCUUGACUCUGGCUGGGAAGUACUCAGCUGUACACUGGGUAGCUACGUUGAAUGUUGGGUCAGGUGGAGCCCAUGCGAGUUAUUACCACAAGGCAAACGAACAGGUUCAGGUUGGCGUGGAGUUUGAGGCAAAUACAAGGCUACAAGAUACAACCUUCUCCUUUGGUUACCACCUGACUCUGCCCCAAGCCGAUAUGGUGUUUAGAGGCUUGGUGGAUAGUAACUGGUGUGUAGGUGCUGUGUUGGAGAAGAAGAUGCGCCCCCUGCCGGUCACUCUAGCCCUUGGGGCCUUCCUCAAUCACUGGCGAAACAGAUUCCAUUGUGGCUUCAACAUUACUGUGGGCUGAGGUUGUCCUGGAGGCGGCCUCCAUGGCAGCUGGAACCUUUGAGUCAUAUGCCCUAGGGCCAGGGGCUAGCUAGGUCCCUCCCCAGAGCCUACCUUGCUGGAUGACUUCUAGAUCCCAUGGGCAGAGUGGGGGACAGGACGAUGUCCUCCUCAGAACUGGACCUGCCUCACAAUCAUUUUCCAAGCAGGCAGCAGUUUGAGGUUCCCAAUUCUGCCAUCAGGCCCACUAUACUUUCCCACAAGCUCUAUGGCUCCGGACUAAAGGAGAGAGGAUUAAGGGAUA